AUGGUCCAACUACAUAUCUUCGACCCUGUCGAGAAGCUACGCCAUUUAUCACGACUGUGGAGUAGGGGCUCGAAGCGACGACAAGCUUUGGUCGCGGAUCAUGCACUAUCAACCCAGGCGAUUCUCCUCAUCGACGACGAAGCGAGCCCAGAGAUAAAUGAGCAAGCGAAGCACGUUGUCUGUGGCAGAGAACUAGUUCGAGAUUCGGAGUAUUACAAGGACGAGGCAGGGGAUGGACUAUGUAUCUUCAGAGCUGGGAACGUCUUGUUCAGGGUACAUCGAUGUCUACUGAUGAGAGAACCGUCGGUCUUCAGAGACAUGCUGAGCCUACCACGACCCGCUGGAGCGACUGAUGGUGUAAACGACGAUAAUCCCAUCCCUGUCGAUGAUGAUCCCGAGCAUCUAAGGGAUCUGCUAUGGGCUUUCUACGCUCCCCAAUUCUGCCUCUACACCACUUCCAAUCACGUCCCACUCGAACGCCUGCUCAACAUCGCCGACCUCGCCAACAAAUACUGCAUCGAUUUCUACGAAUCAUGGUCGAUGGAGAAGGUCUACUCCAUGAUGAAGGAAGAUCCCAGGAUCCUUCGAACUGGAUCUCCGGAGACCUGCGCACGAAUCCUCCAUCUCGCCUAUAUAAACCGGCACUCCAACCUCUACGAUUUGGCUACUCGAUCCAUUGUUUCGAGACUACUAUGGUCCGAUAUGGACCCUCGACCCAUCCGCGAUGUGGGCAAAAGACACGGUCUCCGAAAGAUCCUUGGACCUGCCUACUACAGGGAACUUCUCCGACUCGAAGCUGAGGACAGCUCCUCUAACGCGAAAUACUCGGCGGACUUGGAUGCUUCACGGAAAGCCUUUUCUGAAGCAAGGAUGGCGUUUCUUUGUCUUUGGGAGCGUCUUCGGGACUCACAGCCUUCCCUCUCCCACCGGGACUGCUGGACAAGUCCUCAAGCCUGUAACGAAGUUUGGAGAACGACCUGGCGUGAAGCGACCGCAGGGUCACAUUGCCAACGCAAUCCUCCAUUGGACGUUCUUGGGCGUCUAAGGUCGGCGAUGCGAUAUUGCAAGAAGAAUCUUCCCGCCAACGGAGGGAUCUGCAUCUCGUGUACGAUGGAAGCUUUAGAAGCGAUUGCCGCCACGAGGGACGAUGUGAUAGAGCGAUUGUAUUCGUAUUUCUGUCCUCAAAGUGAACAGUAAUAGAUAGCAUGUUUUAAUUAUGGCAUAUGUACAGUAAUACACCCCGUAGAUUUAGCGUAUGAAUAGACCAAAGCGA